CCAUCGACCACCAUCUCCUAGUGCGCGCUUCGUACAUCUGUGCAUCUCGCCUCUUGCGAUUGGAGUGCUCCGUGUGAGGCCAUAUAAGAGAUAUAUUCUUUACAACCUCUAGCUUUCCGUCUCGAGCGAUCGGCCGUUCUCCCUUCCUCACCUCCCUCUGCGGCAACCGCGCCGUCAUUGAGAGCGUACGCCAACAAACACCAACUACAAUUUUCAGGCCAUUGUCCUAAGUCGACAAACCAUGUCGCUCUACCCUCAGCCCGCGAGUCCGGCCUUUGGCCAGAUGGCUUACGCUUCGCAGCCGUACAGUCAGCCCAUGCUGCCUCAGGCUGCAUACCACUAUCCCGCGGCUGUGCAGCCCGUUUUUCAUGUCGACUCGAACAUGUUUCGUCGUGAUUACAUGGCGCGCUUGGCUGAGCUCACCGUCAAUUCUAGACCAAUCAUACAGAAUCUAUCCAUGAUCGCGCAAGAAUACUCGAGGUUUGCCGAGAUCGUUGCUCAGUGUAUUGAGUCUCACAUUCGAAGGGUUCUGCCAUGGAUGAAGCUGCCCGCGUUCUACCUACUCGACGCGAUCUCGAAGAAUGUAUUCGACCCAUACGCUCGCCAGUUUACCCCGCUUGUCGUCCGGUUGUUCCUUGAUACAUAUGAGCAGGUUGACCAGAACACCCGCAGUAAGAUGGAAGAGAUGCUUCUCACCUGGCGGACUGGCGCACCGACAGGGCGAGAGUUGUUUGGCGUAGUGCCACAAGUUGCCAUCGAACGGCAUAUAUGGGGUGGUGAAGCGACACAGAGUGCUGCGUCCUCGAGCAGGCAUACCGCGGGUUCUAGUUCGAUAUCUACCGCCCAGGUCCUCAGCGAAUUGGAGUUCGUUCUCAGUCAGAAGGAGCGCUCUGUGGUCGCAAACCCAUAUGAUAAGAUGGCUCAGAACCAUGUCGCUGUUCUGCAGCAGCUACGUAAGUUGGUACAAGCUGGAGUGUCGCAGGAGGAGUUGGGUCAAAUACUCACUCAACUCAGAGCAUUGGCUCAACCUGCGUCUGUCCCUCCACAACUUACUCCUGCUCCGAUUCCAACUCAAUCGUAUCCUACCCAAAUGCCAUAUCCGUCGCCAGCACCACCAGCGCCUUUCCCUGGUCCCGUUGAGCAACCUACAUAUCCACUACCAUCAGCAUACUCUGCACCUUCGUACAACGUACCCAAGUCAGAACCGGUGAACUUAAGCGGCUUGUUGGCACCUCAGUCAUUGCCUGUACAGCCUACGCCGCCGUCAGUAAAUCCUCCAAUAUCUACAUUGGCUCCCAUGAAUAGCAUUACGAACCUCUACAAUGCUCUGCUGAAGGCAGGUGUCGUCGGUGCGACGGGCACGCCCACUGGUGCCGGUGCGAGCGCAAAGGUUGAAGAGUGUCGACCAUCUGAUCCCGUACGAGAUGCCAUUAGAGAUCACAGAAAGGCGAUCCUUGCCCAAAAGAUCAAGUUGACCAGCGCAGAUAUCACAAGGCAACGGUCAAAUAUCGUUGACUUCCUCUACAACCGAUUGCCCUCGCAAUGCAAGCAAUGUGGUAUCCGAUUCCCUGAUGGGCCCAAGGGCAAGAAACAUAUGGAGGAUCACUUGGAUAUGCACUUCCGGCAGAACAGAAAGGCAGGUCAGGCAGUUGGCCGUGGCUACAGCCGCAGUUGGCUCAUCAGCAUGGAGGAUUGGAUUCAUGACGGCUCGGUCGAUGUUAAAGGCAAGGGUCGUGCGGACGGUCGUAUCCUGAGUUCCAGUGCUGCCGCAGCGGUAGAGGCGGCCAAGCGUGAGGCUGAGCUGCAAGCCCAAUACGUGGUCGUACCACCGGGUGAUGAGGCGAAAUCCAUAUCAUGUCCUAUCUGCAAGGAGCCCUUGAAGUCUGAAUUCAACGAAGACGAUGAAGAGUGGGUUUGGCGCAACUCGGUCAAGCGCGACGACAAGAUAUAUCAUGCGACGUGUCAUGCUGAAGCAACAGCGUCGAAGUCCACUCUUGCUUCGCGGCUGCGGAACGAGGUCUCGUCAAGCCGCAGUCGAUCAAGAACGCCUGAGAAGCAGCAGGUCCGAACCCCCCCAAAGGUCCUUGUCCCGCUCAGUGAGGAGUCAAAGAAAUCGGCACCGUCGUCUCCAUCAACGCCUGUAGGCACGAAACGUAAGGCAGACGACGCUGACGGUCCGGGUACCCAGGACAGUAAGAGCGACGUACCACCGCUGAAGAAGCAGGCAUUGUCGGUGUAAGCAUUGACCAUAGCAUGAUGUGUGUGGCAAGCAUGGACAGGGUCGCAUUGCAUCUUUAUUCUUCAGUAUUUCUAGCGCAUAUUGUACUCUCUAGACACAGCAUCGCAAUUUCAGUCACAGCUAUUUGGGUU